AUGUAUGCUUUCAAGAAAGCGAAUGGGAGUGUCUUCACUCUUGUUCUCCUAUUUGCGCUAGCGGCAACAUCUGCAUUUUUCUCUGCUGUGGAGGACCACGGCCCAUCUAAAUCCUCAGUCCAUCACAACCACGUCUCCCCGAAAUCGUCCUCUCCAUCCCCGGACAUAUCCGUUUCGCAAGCCCGGGAAGUCCAUCUACUUGAACGUACACUUCCUAAUGGAGGACCCAUACAGACCACAAACGCUCACGGUUGGGAGAUCAGAUACCGCCAGUACUUCAGCUUCAUUAUCCCUGUCCAAGUCGCGGCCUCAGUGCUUGAGGAAUUCUAUACCAGCUGUCUCCGGCGGAUAGCCCUGAACCAAUUCCGAAACACACCUGCCCCUGGAAAUGCUUUCACUUUUACCAUGGGCAGCGUCUUGUUGGCGUUCAGGGCCGCAGAUCUGGAUCAAAGUCUUACAUGGUCGGCGUACGAGAUGAUCAUUGAUAACUUGUUGGCCAAUGCGAGGACAGGGUUUACAGCGCCGUUCAAAGCUGAGUGGUAUCAUCCGGAUUCGAACAAGCUUGUUCUGGGUCCCCGCCCUCUCGUUCGCAAAGAUGCAAGUCAGCGCCUGGAGCCUGCCGUCGUUCCACCAGGGUAUUUAUGCGAGGAGUUGACCACUGAGUUUGCCAAUUACUGGACGAAGAUUCAAGAAGAUGACAACGAGGGGCUUGAGGAGAUCCAGCUGAGUGCACUGAUUCGUUGGCACGCUUUCCGAUUCAAGUUCGGAAAAAGCACAGAUGAGCAGCCACUUCCUCUCGAUUUCUUCGUUGAUAUCUUCGACGACUAUUUCUUUCUUGGCGCUCUGCGCCAGUACAUAAAAGUCAAGUUGGCAGAUGAUACGCCUGCAAACUCUGGCUGGGUAGGGAUCACCAAAAGGAAAGAAUCAUGCAUAUCCUCAGCGACACGAGAGAUCCAGUUAGAGGUCAAACGGCAGCCCAACCAGCUCUGGACACAUAAACUUGUACAAGAGUACUUGGACACCCUGCUGCACGAGAUGAUCCAUGCAUUCCUCAUCCUCUACAGCGCCCCAGUGGCAUCUCAGCGGUGUCAUCACAGGACUGUGGAAACAGAGGGGCUGACCGGACAUGGGCCGUGUUGGGUCAAGGUUGCCGCUGCGGUUGCGGCGGAAGCUGAUAGGUCACUCGGCGUGUUGUGGCACAAGUGGGAUUUGGGGAUUGCGAGUGCGCGUCUUUCGGAGGGGGAGACCCUGAGACGAUCGAAUGAGCUAAAGGGAUUGAAUAUGAUGGAUAAAGAGUCGGGUUAA